UGCGUGUGAAUUUCAUAUAUUGCUUAGUUCAAUUCAUCAUCACUCGCCCUGGCCAAGGAGCCAAAGUACCAACCUUACUCAGAGAAAUAAUCAUAUCUUCUGAAAUGACGAAACUUGGACACUUGUUUUCUCUGAGAAGAUCACGAAAUUUAGAGUGAACUUGGUUCAUAAUUAUUAUCUUGCACUUUGAGAACUUGAGGCUUUACAUUUUUAUCGUGAGUAAGCAAAUAAGAGCUGCAACGUACGCCGAUGCUGUCAGGGCCAGCAAUGCUAAGCAUAUUCUGAAAAUAAUCGUCUCGUUUAUCACAAUGUCUGAUACUACCAGUCAAUCCUCAUCAGAGUUUGGCUUGGACAGCCAAGGCAGAGUGAUUAGAGUUGACCCCGAUCAAAGUCAGCCGAUACUAAGACUUCCCAGUGUUGAGGAAACUUUACAAAGACUUGGAAAUACUUUUAAUUCUGGUCAAUCGACAGCGGAACAUUAUAGCGAAACAUCAGAUUCACUAUGGAGAGGAUCAUCUCCCGAAGAUGAUACAUCUAGAAACACAUUACCAAAUCUCACAGACACUGAACUAUCUGUAGAUGUUGCCGACGGAUCAUCAACCCCUAAUGAAACAUCAGAAACUGCAACAGCAUUAACUUCAGAAGAAGAUAGAAAGUAUUGUUGGGUUUGCUUUGCAACCGAUGAAGAUGACGCCACUGCAUCAUGGGUCAAGCCGUGUCAUUGUAGAGGAACAACAAAAUGGGUCCAUCAAGGCUGUAUACAACGCUGGGUUGAUGUCAAGCAGAAAGGAAGAGCAGGCGAAGACGUUUCAUGUCCGCAAUGCAACACAGAGUAUAUCAUCAUAUAUCCAGACAUGGGUCCUUUGGUUGUUAUGUUGGAUACAAUGGAUAGCGUGAUAUUCCGCGUUUGUCCAUUUAUAGCAGCUGGUAUAGUUGUCGGCUCAAUUUACUGGACUGCUGUUACUUACGGUGCUGUUACUGUGAUGCAAGUGGUUGGUCAUAAAGAUGGAUUAACUAUGAUGGAGCAGGCAGAUCCCCUUGUCUUGCUGGUCGGCUUGCCUACAAUACCAAUUAUGCUGGUUCUUGGAAAAAUGCUCAGGUGGGAAGAUCAGGCUUUGAGUUUAUUGAGAAGACACGCUUCCAAAGUGCCAAUCCUCAGACACUUUUUGCCAAGCAGCUACAUUGAGGAUGAAAGACUGCAAUCAUCCGACGUCCCACCAAUGAGUGAUCCAGUAUCUGCAACUAGAGUAUUGUGUGGUGCACUUCUGCUUCCUACGAUUGCUAGUAUUUGCGGCAAAAUCUUUUUUGAAAGCGUAAAUUCUAAUUUCCAGAGAACCUUGUUGGGCGGAAUGGCGUUUAUAACAAUCAAAGGCGCGUUUAAAAUAUAUCAUAAACAACAGCAGUACGUUCGCCAAUGUCAGAGACGAAUUAUGGAUUACACGGACAGCAAUAUUGCAUUAUAUCGAAGACAUCAAAAUGGCGAAAGUACAAUCAGCUAAACUUUGACAAUGAGCGAAGCCGUUCGAUAUACAAUAACGAAGUUUUAAAUGAAGCUUAGAAGCUUUCGUGUAUGACUUGAGAGAGUGACAACAGAAUUUACUGGGCUAAUUGUAAGGGGGUGUUGAAGCGCCGUCCAAGUAAGCAAAUCGUAUUUUAUACCCUUUUUCCCUCGAGUAAUAAAAUCGUUUCAAACUUUGGGAAAUGAUAGCGUCUGUAACCAUGCUUGUGUAAAUCAUGGAGAAAGGUUCAGAAAAUUGGCGGAAACACGAUAAAUAUAUUUACAGUCAACUCUCGCUCCCAUACUUUUUUUAUUUUUCCACAACUUUUCCGAAUUUUUCUUACUGAUCGCUAAGUUUGAUUAUGAAGUUGUUCAUUUGCCGAAAUUAGACACGAUUUUAUCGUUCCGGACAGGAAAACCGUGUGAAAUACGUUUUGUUAUCCUUGUUGAACGCUUGCAAAAAAGCAUGUCAGGAUACUGUCGGACACAUUUAAUUAGGCCUAUCUCAUCACCACUCUGAAAUAAAAAUUAUAUGUACGCUAAAGCAAAAGAAACAGAAGAAAACAAUGGUAAUUAGUAGAAAGAAAGUAGGGAAUGGAGUUUCAUGUAAGACACAAAAAAAGUUUAAAAGCCUAAAUUCUUUUUGAGCAUUCUUCGUACUUUCAUGACCGUGUAAAAUGAAAAAUGCCGGAUAAAGAUUGACACAUUGCGUAUGCAUAUUAGAUUGGAUACAGAUUUCACAUCUAUCUUACUUCUGAGAUCUGUAUCUGAAUAUUAACGAUGACACGAUAAUGACAAGUUGCAUGCUGAUAUUAUUUGAAGCUGCAUAGAAAAUUGACAAAAUUGUAUAAAACGCUUCCGAACUCGUUAUUAAAAUCGUAACUCCAGAACGCGGUAUGAUAGUUUUGGUAUGCUUUUACAAAAAAAGUGAGGUUUAAAAGUGAAUUGUACAUUCUUUCUGCCAGACGAAGCUUUCACAAAAACUAAGUCAUUUGUUCAAGGCAUCUCGUAUGUUCAAAUCAACGAUAUAACGAUAUUCGUUCGGAAUUACAAUCUCAUGAAUGAUUUUUUUUCGUAUUUUACUUAUGGAUUUAAGAUCCAAAGUGUCGGGAAAGGUUUGACAUAAUAAAUAUAUUUUGUAAACGAAUUUUAUUUUAUUAAAUACUUGAUUUAAUGAUCGUGUAGAUAAGGCAUAAAAUAAAUAUUACAUCCGAAUACCCUA